UGUAAACAAACAAGAAGUAACGAUGACGCGCAUUAUUCGGAAAUUAUAUUAGCUUCCGGCAUUUAAUAUUAAAUUAAUAAAAUAAAAUUCACCAAUAUUAAAUGUGAACGCUCUCGGUUUUGUGAUUAAGGUGCUUGAAAUUGAAAAUUUAUAUAUGAAAAUAUUGGAAAGUUAUUCUCAAUUUUCAAAUGAAUUUGAUUUUCUAUGCAAAGCAGAUAUUAUAUAUCUUAUGUUUAUUGGCUGUUUCUCAUUAUGCAGAUUCCUUAAUAAAUUUAGAAGUGAUUCAUAAAGAUAUAUCACUUCGCUGUGUUACUGAUAAUCUCACACAUAUGUGUAUAGGUAUUAUUAGUUGGUUAAUUGUUUGCAGUUAUGAUUCAUUUACGACAAAUCACAUUUACCAAAGCUUACUGUGUGGAUUAUUUGCUGGUUUAGUAGAUUUGGAUCAUUUUUUGAUGGCAAAAUCAUUAAAGUUUAAAGAUGCCAUCAAUUUAUCUUCUAGACCACCAUUCCAUAAUACAACAUUUGUGGCAAUGUUUGCAGUAAGUCUAAUAUUAGUUAUGCAUUUCAAAGGGAAUGAACUAUUUGAAAAUAUAGGAUGGUACAUUCUAGUGGCAGCUAUUUCUCAUCAUUUACGAGAUGCCCAACGACGUGGUCUUUGGUUAUGGCCUUGCGUUACAAAACCUUUAAAUUACUCUAAUUACUUAAUCCUUACUUAUUUAUUUCCAUUAGCAAUAGGUUCAUUGCUGAAAGUAUUGAACAAAAACACCCUGAAAGGGAAAAAACAAGAUAUUCUAUUUGUAUAGAUAUGAAAUUAAUUUAUUAUUUUUAUUUUGAAAUGUUGAAUGUUUUUAUAUUGAAGUAAUCAAAUAUUAAGAAUAUCCAGAAAGUAAAUUACAUUUCCAAUUCGAAAAGAGAAAAAAAAACUAAAAUUUAAUUAAAUUAAAAUGAGUAAAACAUUUUAUUUUGUACAGUAUGUGUUUUUACCUAAUUUUAAACACAAUUGCUAUCAAUGUUGAGAUAUUUUUAAUGAGGCAUCAUAAUUUUUGUUAUAUCAAACAAUGUUGCCUUUGAUGAUAAUCUAACAGUAAGAGCUUCACCAUCUUAGAGACUUUUGCUAAAAGGGAAAGCAUUAAAAUUGUAAAAAAAAAUUGAGUUUAGGGGGUUAAAGAAUAUUCCCAGCUAAAGUCUCAAAUGAGUUGUUGCAUUGUAAUUACCACUGGAAUAUAUGAUAGAUAUAUUGAUUUAAAAAAAAAAAAAAAAAAAAAAAAAAAAAAAAACUGUAUUACAAAUUACUUGAAAGCAUCAUUGUUGUCUUCCUUAACCUUAAACCGCGUGAAAUGUAGAAUGUCAUCCAAAUGAAUUUUACCAGUAAUGGCUGGAAUAGAGAAAACUUUAUACAUCCAAGUGUUGUUUUAAGAGGAUUCAGUUGUUGCCAAUUGGACUAACAAUAAUAUCUUGUAGAUGAUAUGAACUAAUAUGUGCAUUCUUGGAGCUGCAGAGCAACUGGUAUGAAUUGCUAAUGGAACUUACUCUUUGGAUAACUUAAGUAUGUAGCUGUGAUAUUAAAUUCUAGCCUAUUUACUGUCAUAAGUCCGAUAUUUUGAAAAAAGGACUGAAUUUUAAUUGAAAUUACAUCUGUAAUCAGGAUGUGUGGUUAUAAAAUUUAUCAUACAGGGAUGUAACUGAACAUAUAGAUUAUGAUAGUUGCAUCAUAUGCAAUAUUGAAACUAAAAAAAGCUAAAUAAAAAAUUUUAAAAUCAAA